GCGCGCGCUGCUGUUGCUGCGAGUGUGUGUGGAGGAACAUGGCGGCGCUUAUCCUCCCGUCUGACUGGAUCAAAAACUGGGACAAAUCUGGCAAAAAUGAAUUUUUACAGUUUUGCCAGGACCUUGCAGGGAAACCCGGUGUUCAUGAAUUUGUUAAAAAUCUGCAGACAGCCCUGUAUGAACUCUGCUGGCAUGUUAUCCAGGGCAAUCUGAAGGUGGACGUGGCUGCCAGUCUGCUGGCUGAUGUUAUGGACCUGCGGGACGAUUUGCCAUCUGUUUUAGCUGAUGUGUUCUGUAUAUUAGAUAUUGAGACUGGCUGUCUGGAGGAAAAACACAAGCGUGAUCAUUUUACCCAGUUGGUUGGAGCCUGUUUGUUCUGUGUUCCUGAUGGCGUGCUGAAGGAGAGGUUGGAUCCAGAAACGCUGGAGUCCCUGGGUUUGAUCAAACAAGCUCAGCAGUUCAACCAGAAGAUUGUCAAAAUCAAGACCAAACUAUUUUACAAACAGCAGAAGUUCAAUCUGUUGCGAGAAGAGAAUGAAGGUUACGCUAAGCUGAUCACAGAGCUCGGUCAGGAUCUGUCUGGGAAUCUUACCAGCCAUAUUGUCCUUGAGAACAUCAAGUCUUUAAUAGGAUGUUUCAAUCUGGACCCGAACCGUGUGCUGGACAUCAUCUUGGAGGUGUACGAGUGUCGCUCUGACCAGGAUGAGUUCUUCAUUCCCCUCAUCAAGUCCUACAUGUGUGAGCACCAGACCCUCUGCCACAUGCUCGGCUUCAAAUUCAAGUUCCACCAGGAGCCUAAUGGAGAAACGCCACCUUCUCUGUACCACAUUGCGGCAGCUCUUCUUCAACACAACCUCAUUGCUCUUGAAGACCUCUACGUUCAUCUUCUCCCUUUUGAUUCCAACAUUGUGGAAGAGCACAAGAGAGUGAUCCUGGAGGCCAAACAGAUCGCCCGCAAACUCACAAUGGUGGUCGUCCCCUCCGAAAAGACCGAAGACAAGGAUAAAGAGAAAGAGAAGGAAGAGGAAAAGAACGAGAAGCCUCCGGAUAACCAGAAGCUGGGGCUGCUGGAGGCUCUGCUGAGGAUCGGUGACUGGCAGCAUGCUCAGAGCAUCAUGGAUCAGAUGCCAGCUUUCUACGCUACCUCCCACAAGGCCAUCGCCAUCGCACUGUGCCAACUGCUCCACCGCAUUGUGGAGCCACUCUACCGCAGGGCUGGAGUUCCCAAAGGUGCCAAAGGCGGUUUGAUGAUGCCUCUGCGGAACAAACAGGCACUGCGACCUGCUGAGAGCUUUGAAGACCUCUCCAGAGACGUCUUCAACAUGCUGUGCUACCUGGGCCCUCACCUGUCACAUGACCCCAUCUUGUUUGCCAAGAUUGUGCGACUGGGCAAGAGUUUCAUGAAAGAGUACCAAAGUGAAAGCAGGCAGGACACCAAGGACAAAAUGGGCCCUCUGCUGAGCUGUUUUCUCAGUAUUGCUGAUCAGGUGCUGUUGCCAUCCCUCUCGCUCAUGGAGUGCAAUGCCUGCAUGUCAGAGGAGCUGUGGGGCUUCUUCAAACUCUUCCCGUACCAGUUCAGGUAUCGGCUCUAUGGGCAGUGGAAGAAUGAGACGUACGGCAAUCAUCCACUUCUGGUGAAGAUCAAGGCUCAGACAAUAGAUAGAGCCAAAUACAUCAUGAAGCGACUCACUAAGGAGAACGUGAAGCCCUCAGGACGGCAGAUUGGGAAGUUAAGCCACAGUAACCCCACCAUUCUCUUUGAUUAUAUUCUCUCUCAGAUCCAGUGGUACGACAACCUCAUCACUCCAGUGGUGGACUCUCUCAAAUACCUCACGUCUCUCAACUAUGAUGUGCUGGCCUAUUGCAUUAUUGAAGCUUUAGCCAACCCAGAGAAAGAGAAGAUGAAACACGAUGACACGACCAUUUCAUCAUGGCUGCAGAGUCUUGCAAGUCUUUGUGGAGCGGUUUUCCGGAAAUAUCCCAUUGAGUUGGCUGGUCUUCUACAGUAUGUGACAAACCAGCUGAAAGCCGGCAAGAGUUUUGACCUGCUGAUCCUGAAGGAGGUGGUGCAAAAGAUGGCAGGCAUUGAGAUCACUGAUGAGAUGACAUUGGAGCAGCUGGAGGCCAUGACGGGUGGAGAGCAGCUCAAAGCAGAGGGUGGCUACUUUGGGCAGAUCAGGAAUACUAAGAAGUCAUCUCAGCGUCUGAAGGAUGCCCUUCUGGAUCAUGAACUAGCACUGCCGCUCUGUCUGUUGAUGGCCCAACAGAGGAAUGGUGUAGUCUUCUCUGAGGGGGGAGAGAAACAUCUCAAACUUGUGGGAAAGCUUUACGAUCAGUGUCACGACACCCUUGUGCAGUUUGGUGGGUUCUUGGCAUCUAACCUCAGCACAGAAGACUACAUCAAGAGGGUACCAUCAGUCGAUGUCCUCUGCAACCAGUUCCACACACCUCACGACGCUGCCUUCUUCCUGUCGCGACCCAUGUUCGCCCAUCAGAUUCUGUCCAAGUAUGACGAAUUAAAGAAGGCAGAGAAGGGCAACAGGCAGCAACAGAAGGUGCACAAGUACAUCGCAGCCUGCGAGCAGGUUAUGGCCCCUGUACAUGAGGCUGUCGUCUCCCUUCACUUGCCCAAAGUGUGGGAUGACCUUCGACCCCAGUUCUACGCCACAUUCUGGUCCCUCACCAUGUAUGACCUGGCAGUACCGCACAACGCCUACGAACGUGAGGUCAACAAGCUCAAGAUGCAGAUCAAGGCCAUUGAUGAAAACACAGAGAUGCAGCCCUUGAGCAAGAAAAAGAAAGAGAAGGAGCGCUGCACUGCACUGCAGGACAAACUGCAGGAGGAGGAGAAAAAGCAGCUGGAGCACGUGCAAAGAGUCCUUCAACGCCUCAAACUGGAGAAAGACAACUGGUUACUGGCCAAAUCCACUAAGAAUGAAACCAUCACCAAGUUCCUGCAGCUCUGCAUCUUCCCCCGCUGUGUCUUCUCGGCCAUUGACGCAGUUUACUGUGCUCGCUUCGUGGAGCUGGUGCACCAGCAGAAAACGCCCAACUUCUGCACCCUACUGUGCUAUGAUAGAGUAUUCUCUGACAUCAUCUACACAGUCGCGAGCUGCACAGAGAAUGAGUCCCGUCGUUAUGGCCGUUUCCUGUGCUGCAUGCUAGAGACUGUGACUCGAUGGCACAGUGACAGAGCUAUCUAUGAGAAGGAGUGUGGCAAUUAUCCGGGGUUCCUGACUAUUUUCCGAGCCAGUGGUUUUGAUGGAGGGAACAAAGUUGACCAACUGGACUAUGAGAACUUUCGGCAUGUUGUCCACAAAUGGCAUUAUAAGUUGACUAAAGCAUCAGUUCACUGUCUUGAGACAGGCGAGUACACCCACAUCCGCAACAUCCUUAUUGUGCUUACCAAGAUCCUGCCAUGGUACCCAAAAGUGCUGAACCUGGGCCAGGCUCUGGAGUGCCGCGUCCACAAGAUCUUCCAGGAAGAGAAGGAGAAGAGGCCCGAUCUGUAUGCGUUAGCCAUGGGCUACUCUGGCCAAUUGAAAGGCAGGAAAGUGCACAUGGUGCCUGAAAAUGAGUUCCACCAUAAGGAGCUGCCAGUGCCCAGUGCCACGCCUGGUACGCUGCAGAACGGACCUGGCAACACGGGCAAGCCGGCCGCAACCGCCUCUGCCAACUCUGGCAAAGGCAAGGAGGGAGCCGUCGAAGACUCUGAUAAAUCCAAGGACAAAUCUCAGGUGGCUCAGAAAACUGCCAGCAAAAACAGCACUGCAGCAAAUAAAAUGAGCAGCAGCAAUGGAAGCAGCACUCCAAACAGCACUAAAGGGAGCAAAGAGAAAGAUGAGAAAGAGAAGACCACAAAGGAGAAAAAGGAGAAGAAAGAGAAGAACCCAGGGAGCACUCCAGAGGCCAAGGCAGGAGGAAAGGAGAAGCAGAAGGAGGAAAGAUCCAGCAAGGAGGAGAAGCCCAUCGAUGGCAAGGAGAAGAUACCCAAGGCUGACAAGGACAAGAGGAAGGAAGACAAGAAGGACGAGAAGACCAAAAAUGAUGGGAAAUCUGCCGAAAAAGAGUGGUCCAAGGAACGCGACGUGUCCAACGACAGCAAGAUCAAGGAAAGCAGUAAGAUGGAGAAGAACGCUGGGGCCGGGAACCUGAAGUCUCUUGUGCCCAGAUCUGAAGGAGUCGAGUCAGAACGGGAACAAAAAAGGCGAAAGCUUGACACUCACUCAUCACCGUCGCACUCCUCUGCAGUUAAGGACAAUCUCAACGAUCUCAAGGACUCUGCCUCAAAGCACCACCCUAACCACAGCACAGCCCUGUCCAAGAGCAAAGAGAAGGACGACGAGAAGAAAGACUCUGACAAAUCCAGGGACCGCUCCAAAGAGAGGGAGAAGGAGGAUAGAAAGGACAGAAAACGAGACUAUGCGAACAGCGACCGUGAGAUAAGCCAGGAAGUCAAGCGCCGCAAAGAUGAAAAUGGAAUGAACUCCUCCAAACACAGCAAGAGCGCCAGCCCAUCCGAAUCGCCAAACUCCAAUGACAAGGACAACAGUAAACGCUCCAAGUCUACCAGCAAGGACAAGAGCGAUCUGGCCAAACCAGAGAAGACCUCUGGAGGCAAAAAGGAAUCCAGGCAUGACAAAGAGAAAUCCGAAAAGAAGAGAGACAGCACCGGUGCUAAAGAAGACAAGAAACACCAUAAAUCAUCAGAAAAGCACAGAUAAUGUAUGCUGACACUCAAGAAGUUGCACGUUAUGGACGUGACGGGUUUGUGAGUUUUGUUAACUGAAGUUGCUCCUCUUCAUCAGUGUUCCCUGCUGUGACGCGCUGCCGGCUACAGAAUUCAUCGUCCCAAGAUUUCUCAACCAUGUCGGCGUCUUAAUUCCUUUCUCCCGUCACAGUCUUGAAAGAGGAUUCCUUCGCACACUUAGGAUUUUUGCCUGCAUCCAAACUUCUGUUUUGCCUAAGAACGUUGUAGCUCGUAUUUUAAUCUGCCAUUUUUAUUGUGAUAUUUUCAGUACUUCACUGAAAGUUUGUUUCCUUUAAAUAUUUAGCACAAUGUGCUGCUUGCUUCACAAACAUAUUUAGGUUGAAUUGGUGUCGCUUUCAAUGCUUGCGUUUUUAUGACCUUUCUCUAUGACCCUCCUAUUCCGUCGUUUUCUUUCAUUUUUUUUUCUAAGUUAAAAGAAAACAACGGCAUCUUCACCUCGAUUAGGUUUCCUGGAUUCUUUUUCUUCCUUUUAAUUCACGUGAUAUUUAGGCUAGGUGUUUGAAGCAGUACAAAUGCUCUUCUAUUUGUAUAUUAUGUACACAGAAAUAAAAUGGUUCCAUGUAAUGAGACAUUUCCUGUUACUUUCAUUUCAAUUGUAUGCCUCCUAAUUUCCUUUGUGUGUUCAAUCACGUUUUUAAAAGAUUUGUAUAAAGAAUGGCAAGCUGGAUUUUUCCCAUUAAUAAAUGGACUACAAAUGAAACGAUUCAUGACUUUCCAAACAAUUUAAUGGAGUUUUUAUCUGGCAAAGUCGACAAAGUGUAUCCUUUUUCUAAAUAAAAUAGUUUUCUUAGUGCAUCCUGUGUCUUGUUUUUUA